AUGAACAAAAGCACAUUCGAAUCAUUACCCAAUGAAAUUUUACUCAUUAUAUUUCGUUAUUUAUCUUCAUUUCAAUUAUGUCAAACCUUUCUUCAUGUAAAAAAUAGUAGAAUUAAACAUCUUCUUACAUCCAUACCCCAUUCGUUAGAUAUUAGUUCAAUGCAUUAUGAUCAAUUGUACCAAUUUCUUAGCAAUAUUAAUAAUGAUACUACAAAACGUUUUACUGCUUUGAUAGAUACUCUUGUACUUCGUGGUACAUCAACAGCUUGCUUGAUGUUAUGUUACUUAACUACUUGGGGAAAAGUUUAA